AGAUGAAGUUUGCUUUAUUUAAUAUUGAGCUUGUGAAUACUUGAAUUAUUGUCGAAUUGACGCUUUGAGGGAAGUUGAGCUGGACUUAGGAUGUGUGCGGCUAUGACAAACAUUCUAGUAAAGAAGGGAGUCUGUCAAUUGCUCGCCUUGAAUAAGUUCAGUAUACAGCAAUGGCUGAAGUGCAUCGAUACGAUUGUCUUCGAUGCUGAUGGCGUGCUCUGGCAUCGCGAAGAUGUAAUCGAAGGAACACCGGAGACAUUUAAUGCGCUGCGUGCAAUGGGCAAACAAGUAUUCAUCUGCACAAAUCAUUCGGCCAUGUCCGCCAAUGGACUGUGCAACAAAGCGCAAAAAAUGGGAUUUCUCAUCGGUGCGAAUGAAAUUUUAUCUUCGUCGAUGGCUUUGGCUCGCUAUCUGCAGGAGCGCAAGUUCAAGCGAAAGGUUUUCAUUGUGGGCGAACAAGGCAUUGCCGAUGAGCUGAAGGCUGUGGGCAUUGAGUCGCUGCCUAUUAAAAAGGAGCAGAUGUUGGGCAGCUCUUUGCACGAUCAUGUGCAGCAGAUGCAACUGGAUGAUAAUGUUGGCGCUGUGGCUGUUGGCAUCGAUAGUCAAUUGAAUAUGCUGAAAAUGUGCGAGGCUUGCUGCUAUUUAAAGGAUCGUCGUGUUCUCUUUCUGGCCACCAAUCGUGAUCGUGCUUUUCCUGCUUCGCCAGGUCGCAUGACUCCAGGAGCUGGCGUCAUGGUUUCCGCUAUUCAGGCUGCCUCAAAGCGCGUUCCCUUCACUUGUGGCAAGCCCAACACAUUCAUUUGUUCGCAUCUCAUACGCGAGGGCAUCAUUAACCCAGAGCGCACUCUGAUGGUGGGCGACACCAUGUACACCGACAUUCACUUUGGCUACAAUUGCGGCUUUCAAACUCUUCUCGUUGGCACUGGCGUCAAUAAUUUACAAGAUGUGGCUGCUGCUCAGAAAUCCAGCAAACCAAUGCAGUAUCAGCAGAUUCCAGAUUUAUUUGUGCCCAAGCUUUCGGACUUGCUGAAGUUUUUGCCUUCUAGAAAUGGUUAGACUCAUGUGUUUGCUGCAUUUACGAAAUUAGAUAUGAUGGAGUUAGUGUUGAUGAAUGUAAAAGUCUUUGUCAUUAAAAAAUAACAAAUAUAAUUAAGUACAUUAA